AUGUCACUGAGUGUUAGUAUUCCUUUGAUACUGGUUUUAAUCACUACAUUACUUGUAUACAAUGGUGGAAUAUUAUUACUGCCUGAUUCCAGUAUCAUUCAUCAACCACAGACUCCGACGUUUAUCCAAUAUGUUGGACAAUAUGUUCCGAAUGACCAUAUUGCCAAUUUCUCCAUCAUUAUUCCCAUGACAGCAGCAUAUUGCCCAUUAAUUCCUAUCAAGGCUGGCCGUAAAAUUCAGGCUUGUGCUUAUCUUUAUCCACGCUCGAGAUAUAGACGACUAUUCUUUGAUUUCGUAAAUCUCGGUAUUGCAACUGGUGCUGCUGCAAUAGCUGGUCGUAAUGUUAUUAAAAUAAAACAAAUUGAGAAGAGAAUGGCCUCUUAUGAACUCUCAUUAACAAGUUAUCAAAAGCAGGUAGACAUCAAUACAGCAACAUUGGCUUUUGUAAAGAAUGGUACAGUGGAAUUAGCCUUAGAAUUAAAAAAUACCCAGGUUGCAUUGAAUGAUAGUAUCCGUGUAGUUCGAGAAACCAAAGCAGAUGUGGCUCGAUUAAAUGCUUCGGUUGGUGAAUUAAGUGGUGAUUAUUCGACAUUUAAGCAGGAAAUGGCACAAACUCUGCUGUAUUUAUCAAUCAAUGAAAUAUUAAGUAAUAGACCCAAUUUAGUAUUCAUUAGACCAAGUGAUGUUCCUGCUGUUAUUCAACAAAUCAUGCAAGAAACAAAUGAUUCAUUAGAUAGUAUUUUAGAAGAUCAAUCACCACUUAUUGCUCUUACACAACUUAUUUUAUAUCAAAAAAUAUAUUUUAUGCCAACAACGAUGUAUCGUUCACAGAAUGCUGAAGAGAUUGGCCGACUGAUUUUCACCAACGUUAUUGGUCUUCCAAAUCAAAAACAGGAUAAAUUUAAUGUUUAUCAGUUACAUCACAUUCCAUUCUAUCAUCACCAUCAUUUUGUAAAAAUUGCUAACAUGCCGUCAUAUAUCGGCCAAAAUCCACUAACAAAUGACACCAUUGAAUGGUAUUCAACAGAUACUUCAUACUGCACAUUUGACAGUUAUAUUAAAUGUAAAAAUACACCGGCAUAUGGGAGAUAUUUUAAUAAUCGAUGUUUAAUACAGGUAUUAUCCACCAAUACUAAACUAUCAUCAUGCAGGUAUGAACAUGUGGAAGAUGCCGAUCACUACACUCUUCAGUUAAAUGGCGGAUAUUGGGCAGUGUCUAGUAACAGAACUCUUGAGUGUGUUCUUGUUCCUGUUAUGCCCAGUUCUGAUGAAAUUGGUGAAUUAUCAGCGCGAAAUGUGAAAAAGUUCAUACCACCUGUAUCAUUAGUUCAUGUUCCACCAAAUUCAUUUUAUGCUUGUGCUGAUGGUCAGUUUAAUUUAUAUGGUAUACCAGUUAGUAGUAGCAAUACCAGCUUGAUUAUAAUAUCAAAUAAUACAUUAUCUCGUCCAGAUAUUGAUGUGUUUACUAUUCAGAAGACGAUCAAUGAUACAUACUUAUCCAAUUUAAAAUUUAUUGAUUCGGACAUUGAUGAUAUCAUUGGCUUGAUUACACAGACACCAUCUCCCAAUAUCGAUAUUCAAAUAAGAAAUAACUGGAAUCAAAUGUCCUCAUCAUCCAGAACAUUCAUAAUCAGUGGUACUAUCAUAGCCGCCUUCAUUAUUAUUUUAACUAUUACUAUUAUCUAUUUGGUGAAAUGUAAACCAUGCAAUUCUAAACAAAAGCCACAACAAAACAUUGAAAUUAAUUUGGCAAAUACAAGCCCGCACGACAAACCCGUUCCAGAACCAUUUCCAGCAGCUAAUCCCCUGUUGGAUUACUUUUACCAACAACUAUUGCAAAAAACACAAAUAAUAGACAAUAAAUGA